AUGUUCGUCAAUGUCACAUUGGUCUUUGAUGAUGGUGUGAAGCUGCUGUACAGGAACCGCACAGUCUUCGCAAACAUCAAUCAGCACCAGUUUGACGGUAACACGAGUGUCUUCACUGAUUUGUCCACAAUGACGGACACGGUGCGGGUCCCUAAGCACGACGUUGCUGGAUGGGAAAGAUCGAUGAGGAUCGACUGCGCCUUGAACGGAACGGCACACAUCUCCAGAGAUACUAUCUCCUCGCCGCAGCUGCCCUGGUACUAUCAUUAG